UUUUUUUAUAUAUCUUUGUUCUGUAUGUGUGACUGUGUGUGUAUUUGUUUUUUACCCAGCCGCGCAAGGAUGAAAGAAUAGGUUAAACUGAAGAAACGUCUUAUAAGUGUAGAGACGCUGCUCUUCCCCGUAGCUGACGUCAGAUCUUCUCUGUGGCACUCGAAAUGAUCGUAAGCAUAGACAUGUCGAGAUGAUACAAGUCGUCAGAGUAGAACAGCCAAAGAAUCCAACGAUAGAUAAGAAACAUAAAAAAUCAAGUAACUUGGCGAGCUUCUUUGACGAAAAUUCGUUUGAAAAAUACAUAGGAAUAAGGUCAACUAGUUCUAUACUUGUGCGUUUAUCAAUAUUUUAUCUUGCUUUUCCGACAGGUAAGUUGAUAUUGAAUUAUGCGGUUCACUACUCUACAAAGUUUUUGCUGUUAGAACGAACUGUCGAAGAUUCAAGUAGCAAGUUAAACUGGCGAAAUGUGAAAUGCAUAUCCUAUGUAGGUAUGAUGUUGCAACUGUAGGGAUCAUGGUUCUAUCAACAUAACAGUAUCAUUGGGAACAUUGAGUAAGAAAAAUACUAUUCGUUAAGAAAGAUAUUUAAAGACGAAAAUGAAAACACAUUUGAGAUUUCGUAGAACAGCAGUAUUUUCUAUGAUAUGAACAUUGCGAGAUUACACUUGACUGUUUUACAAGUGAAUAUAGUUUUGCAUUUUUUCCUGCUGGCUUCUUUUAUGUAGCGUACUCGCACUGUAUUGGAACCACAGUGGCCAAACUACAAUUUUUUCAUUCAUAUUACAUGCGGCGACAGGUUAACUAAAACAAUGCGGAAAACUUCGAAAAUACAUCUUAUAAGAAUAAAUUUGCGUUGCAAAAAAAAUCUCAAAUGGUCUAUAAUGCUCUUAGAUCUGUCAGCAUAACAUAACUGUCUCAAUUUCUGCCUUAUAGAAAUCUAACCUGUCCCGGAAAUAACUGGGCUGUGUGCAAUGCUAUAACUCGCGUAGCCUUUCCAGAAUUCGCAUGGAAGUAUGGCUCAGAUCUCGAAAAAUCGCGCUCGAUCCAGCGAGUGCUGCCAGAACGACAGGAAAGUUACCCCGUAUAGCCUCUGACGUUGACGCAUCGCCAAAAACAAUGCGGGUAUACUGGCAUACGAUUCACUGGCGCCGUCUGCUAGCGGCUGGAGUUGUACUGAUAUCCCUGGCUUUGUUUCUUCCACUGGUGGCCUUGUCGUAUCUGGAUCGAGGUAUUUUUUCCUCAAAUGAAAUUCAAGAAGUGGGCGCGCUGUCCGAAAAUGAGAAGAUUCGAUUGUCGGUACGAAUCGAGUUGCGGGAUUUGGAGAAAAAGCGAACCAACAUCCGGUUUGAGCUCGAUCGGCUUCAACAGGAAUGGGACAGCCGAAAUGAAAAAAUCGUCCUCCAGAAGCGAGAGCUCAACGGCGUUAAGCUCUCACUCAACGAGGCCAUGAGAACACUGGAAGAACUCUCUAAGGCAAAGCCCGCUCUUGUUCGAAUGCCAUUGAGUAUACCGGCGGAGGAAGUGGUAUCAACGCCCCGUAGGCGGAAGAUUGUUAACACCGUUAAGGACUGUUCCUUGGAGCAGUGCUUUGAUCUCUCGAGAUGCCCGUUGAGAAAUCCAUUCCAGGUUUUCGCCUAUCCUCUGGACCCGCAUCGCCUUCCAGGUGUUCCUCCUUCUUUGGUUAACGCUCUUUCUUCUGCGAUACAUUUGAAUCACUAUGUGACUGACAACCCACGGACUGCCUGUCUGUUCUUGCAUGUCACCUCUUCACAAGCUAUUCUCACUCCUGUAACUAAAGCUGGACAAACAACGGGACAGACAACAACUUCACCUAUGGCAAACGUGUCCACUUUACGCUAUUGGAAUGGCGAUGGAGCAAAUCAUUUAUUGCUAGUUCUGGACAACUGCACUACGGUUUCUCCAGAUCAAGGCGGUGGCUGCAAUCUUGCGCCGGUUGAUCGCGUCGGAAGGGCUAUUGUGGCUCGACAAACGUUUCCAGCAGGCUCAUUUCGGCCAGGGUUCGACUAUGUUAUGCCAACAUGGGUGGACCAAUCACAACCUCGACUGAGUCUUCCUUCUAUCUUACCGGCGCGGCGAAAGUAUCUUCUAAGCUUCAGUGGAAGCUACAUUGAGCCCGAAGAAACGGAGACAACGUUGGAAAUUGCUAAAAGCUCACUCAGUGACAAAUACGUGCAAGGCUUGUUAGGCCAGUUUAGUGAUAGCGACGACUUGCUACAUAUUCGGACGAACUGCAUAGACGACAAUGAGCUUAAUUAUGUUCAGGGCUUAGUGGGACAGUGGGUCGAGUGUUCCGUUCACGAUAGAGCGGAACGAGAACCUCUAGCGGAUGCAACGUUUGCUCUUGUGAUGGCGCCGAGGGCUGAUUUUUAUCGAGCUUCUGACUUGUUCACGAAGCGACUGCUCAAAGUGAUGCGUCAUGGAGCUAUUCCGGUUAUACUCGGAAACGAUGUGGAGUUACCGUUUUCGCAACAGAUAGAAUGGGAGAAGGCUGCUGUCAUCCUAUUAAAAGCUCGUGCUCCGGAACUGCAUCUCGUUCUCAAGACGUACUCAGAUGCUGACAUCGUAGCGCUACGAAGACAGGGCCGACGGCUUAUGGAGAACUAUUUAGCUACGCCGAAAUUAUCUAUCGACACUUUGCUUACUGCGAUGCGAUUCGUCCUCAAAAUGCCAGCUGCACCAGAGAGAGAUGAACCAAGCAAUCCUGUGGCCAAUUUGAGUUUCGGACUUGUCAAUCAACAGUUUUCUUCUGAGACGGAUGAGAUGCUGGGUCCAGUCGAAACUUCAUAUUCUUCACUAAGCUAUCAACGGAACUUCUCGCUCACGUUAAACAACUGGCGACAGUUAUUUAAUGCUGACUUCGCUCCGCACCGCAUGGCCCCUUGGCGACCCGACGACCCAUUAUUGCCUAGUGACGCAAAAUUUCGGGGAAGCAGUUUUGGUUUUAGGCCCAUUGGAUUUGGCGCAGGCGGUUCGGGGAAGGAAUUCUCUGAGGCUCUGGGAGGCAAUUGGCCCCGGGAGCAGUUUACGGCUGUGAUACUCACUUAUGAGAGACAGCAGGUACUUCUCGAAGGAAUCUCCUCUCUUAAAGGAUUACCUUAUCUUAACAAGGUUGUCGUUGUAUGGAACGGACCACAAACUCCUGGGCCGGAAACACUAACGUGGCCGGAUAUCGGAGUGCCCAUCCAGGUGAUUAAAGCGCCGAUAAACUCAUUGAACAAUCGUUUUGUACCGUGGGACGUCAUCGAAACGGAAGCUGUGCUGUGUCUUGAUGAUGACGGACGUCUCCGACAUGACGAACUGGUAUUUGCGUUCCGGGUGUGGCGCGAGAACCGGGAUCGAAUCGUAGGAUUUCCCGGUCGCUUCCACGCGUUCGAUUCAAUCCACAAGAGCUGGAACUACAAUUCCAACCAUAGUUGCGAAUUAUCGAUGGUUCUUACUGGGGCAGCGUUCGUGCAUAAGUUCUAUCUCUACGCGUAUACAAAUUACAUGCAACCCGAGAUUCGACAGAUUGUUGAUCGGCUCAUGAACUGCGAAGAUAUUGCGCUCAACUUCCUGGUAUCUCAUCUGACAAGAAAACCGCCUCUCAAGGUGACUUCAAAGUGGACCUUCCGCUGUCCAGGAUGUCCAGUAGCUCUUUCAGAACAUGACUCGCAUUUCCUCGAACGACACGACUGUAUAAAUAAAUUCUCACAAAUCUACGGUUAUAAUCCACUGCUGUAUACACAAUUACGGGCUGACUCGGUCUUGUUCAAGACGCGAGUACCACAUGAUAAACAGAAAUGUUUUAAAUACGUCUAGAAGAAAUAGGACCACACUGAACAAAAUUGUAGCAAGGAAUUCUUAUUCGAGUACGUAUUCAAGCUUGAUUUCAAACUACUGGACAGUACUCGCUGACAUAUAAGUUGCUUAGAUUUUUUGAGGUAAAUGAGCUUUUCGAUAAAAUUAUUUUACGAGGCAUGUUUGUUUACCACAUAUGUCAUCUAACAAUUUUGUCUAGUCACCUUUAAAGCCCUGGAAAGUGUUCAUCUUUAGCAAUGGCUAGGUAUACACAUGUACGCUCUUUGCUUUAGAUUUCUUUGAAAACGUACUCAGUGACUUAAAAAUGAAAAGUGCGAAGGACCUGUCUGUGGCCUUGUUGCAGGCUACCCGAAAUUAUUUAGGGUGUACUUACCGACAAACUUAAACAGCAUAAAUGGUGCUCCGCUGGUAGGCAAAAUUUAGGAAGUAUCGACUCACGUAUUUGGGUACCUACAACUGAGUUUCCUACGAGCACCUACGAUUUCGAUUGAGUUUCAUUAAAGAAUAACGACCUUAGAGGCAAGGAUAACGUCGAACGGUAAGAGUCAACGCUUAGUGACCAAGCUUCUGUUUCUCGAAACUGAGAACGCUAGUGGAAUUCCUCAAAUCUUAGUGAAAACACUGAACAAGGAAAUUUUUAGUGUAACGGCAAUUCUGUAUUAGUGCGAUUAUGACGGGAAUGAAAAUCAUGAGGUUGAGGGCCACAGAACAGAUGAUUACAUUAAAAAAACAUUAAAAGGAAAAACGAGUUGCUCUAAUCACAAGCUUUUUAGACGAAAACAAACCGCGGUUUCUAAAGUCAUUAUACAAGUCGUAGAUAGCGAAAAAUUUGGAAAGCAUAUUUGCCAAAUUUCGUCUGCCUGUUAAAAAAAGUUAUUCAAUAUACUUCAUAUGCUAAAUAGGUCCGGACAACCUAACAUUAUACUCAAAAUUAUUUUGUUUGUAUAGCUCGUAGGCACUUUACCUUCCCUUAAAAUGUGACGAAUUCGACUGUUAAGGAUAUCUGAUUGUUAGUAUUACUAUAAAAAAAAAAAAAA